AUGAAGUGGAUUAUUGUUUUGCUUGUGACGCCGGUUUUGGCGAACUAUUCACCACAAAAUGUAACGAGCAGUCCUUGCACAGACCAAAACCACCUAGUCCUGGUGCCAGGUGUACUAACAGCUGGUGGUACCAGCCGGGCUUGUAUCUCUCGGUUUUAUCCAGAUGGACCUGCGAGAAUGCUGCUAACUUUGAAUGUGGAAGGAGAUUCAACGACGGCCACAAGACAGCUUAAUCCUGGGGAUGGAGGAUGCUUAGAUCUUCCAGUUCCUCUACAUCCAAACACCAAAGCCGAAUUAACUAUAAAUAUUAGGUAUCCAGAAGUUGGCUGCACCUGGGAGCGUAGUAUACCGCUUCGCAUUUCCAGCGGAAGGGUAAUGGUGGUCCACACAGAGCGGUCAAAGUAUAGACCUGGAGAUCUGGUGCGGUUCCGAAUGCUCGCGCUGAAGGCUGAUUUGACUCCUGCGCAUACAACUAUUGAAGAAGUAUGGCUCGAGGGACCUCGCGGUGCGUGGGAAGGUUCACGCUUAGCAGAGUGGUCACGGGUGAGGACACGACAGGGCGUGGGACAACUUCAAUAUCAACUGGAUGAAUUGUCUCCAACGGGAAAAUGGACAGUUAGAGCCAGACUUGGUGAUGGAAGUCAGGGCUCAGCUGUUUUUUCUGUGGGAAAUUAUAAUCUGCCGCCGUUUCAACUGACUGUACGGCAUGCUUCGAAAAUUUUAAGAACCAGUGAAAGGCUUGUAUGGACUGUAUGUGUGAGAUACCCCUGGUCAGAGGCGGUGGAAGGUAUGUUGGUGAUUCGUAUUCGUGGAGCUGGCUCGUCUGGUGGGAUACGCACUGCGACUCGCAUCAAGGCUCCGCGAGCCUGCCACCGACAUGCUGCAGCAGCACGGCGUAUUGGCUUAAUGGCGGACAGUCCCCCCGACUUUAUCAUCGCUGAUUUCUCUUUCCAAGAAGAAGGCACUCGCGUAUGGCAAAAUACGACGGUCGUGUCACAAGUUGUAGACAACCCAGUUACAUUGGAGUUCCUGACCAAGCAGAGGACUGUUAUUUCGUCAGGACUACCCUACAAAUUAAAGGUGAAAGCUACCCGCUGGGACGAUAAGCCAGCGUCUAACGAGAACAUACGUAUCUGCAAAUCGCCAACCACUACCCUUGAUAGUUUUAGCGUGGACAAUUCCUCCUGUAUUGACUCCAUCACCGAUGAUAAGGGGAUAGCUCGUGCGACAUGCAAGAACUCGACAGCGAAGCUACAACUAAUUGUCAGUUCGAGUACCGGCCGAGCCGCUCUUGGUCCACUUCGUGCUCAAUCAACCGCCAAGACUUUAGUGCCACUCUACGUAAACAUUGACGAUGUCGAAGAGCCGCUUACUGUACAUUUCGUGGUAAUAACACGAGGCGGUAUAAUCUACCGAUGGGGAGCGACCACUCAGUGCCCCACUAGCUCUGACCAAAUCCUCACCGCAGCAAGAAACUCCAACUGCCAAAACCUUCGGAACCAACCAGGGUUUAUAGGAAGACAGCCAAAACAGAGUGGUUUUAAUAAUGAUUCUUUUCAAAACCUUGCUUCUAAUUCAAGCGCGAUCGAUAUGGAUUCGUUAUUAGAUGGACAGUUGUUAAAGAUAAUGCUACCAAUUAAAAUUACACACCAAAUGUGCCCUGACAGCCACCUGGUGGCAUAUUUCUACCAUAAGAACGAGCUGAUAAGCGCCAGCAAGCAUCUGGAGAUGGAUGAAUGCUUUGCUAAUAAGGUGGAAGCGAACUGGUCCAACCGUCAAACGGCGCCUGGCUCCAUGAUAAGUUUAAACUUAUCAACCCCUGGUCCAGCGCUUUGUGCCCUCUCAGUCUUGGACACCGCGACGAAAUGGGUUCAAACUGGUGAAAAUAUUAAGGAUCUAAUCAUGAAGAGUCUCAGGAAGCUAAUUAGUUCACACAGGAACAUGACUGAAUAUGACGCGGCUGGCGAAUGUUUCUUUUUUGCAGAUGAUCCAGAGCAGUUAUCUAGCACGAAUCUGGCUGAGAUGUGGCUCGCAACUGCUGGGGUGAGAUUAUUAGGUGGAACUUCGAAUUACCGCAAGAAAUGCGACAGUCCACCAGCUUUACUUACCGCUGAUGAUAAUGUACUUAGGAGUGACUUCUCAGAGUCUUGGUUGUGGCGUCUCGUGAUGGUGGGAGCCAACGGAACAGCAAUGACGACAGCACGAGCCCCAGAUUCCAUCACACGAUUCGAAGCUUCUGCUGUCUGUCUUUCCAGAACCGGGGUAGCAUUAUCACAGCCAGCUGUUUUGCAAGUCUUUCGAGAGUUCUUCAUACAUGCAGAUGCACCCAGAACGUUGCGUCGUGGCGACAACACCAUCGUACGAUACAGGCUUUUCAACUAUCUUUAUGAGGCACUGAGUGUCCAAAUUCAAAUUGUCACCGACUCACACUUAAACGUACUAAAUGAAGACAUAGAACCAGUGUGCAUUGCUGGGCGAUCUUCUAUCGGCAGACGUGUCCAGGUCAUUGCUAAAAGUCCAGGAUCUGCCCGCUUCACCAUCCGAGCAAUAACUGCCCAAAGCUGUUCUAAUGGAACUGCUCCAAGAUAUAAGGAAAUUAGAGAUGAAGUUGUUGUUCAAAUGGAAGUGGAUCCUGAAGGUGUGCCCGUACAAGAACACAAGUCUACAAUGCUUUGUGGCAAAGGUGUAUCAUGGUCAGCGGAAUCAAAAGUCACCUGGAACUGGUCCAGAGCUGAUAUCGUUCCAGGAACUGAAUCUGUCUCCGUAUGGGCAGCAAGUGACCUAACGGGUCCCUUACUGGCAGACGCUGAUGCUUUGGUCUUACUACCUCGUGGUUGUGGUGAACAAAACAUGGCUAGAUUAGCAACGAACCUUCUAGCAUUAAGUCAACUGCACCCUACCUCGCCGGCUGCGUACAUAGCGAAGGACCACAUUGCUAGAGGCUUUGCUCGUCAACUUCAGUACGCCCAUCCGUCAGGUGGCUUUAGUGCCUUUGGUCUAUCAGACGCCGUUGCAUCCACUUGGUUGACUGCUUUUUGCGUGCGGUACCUCAGAAGGGCUCAUCAGACAAUCUCACCAAAUCAAGCUAUUCCUACAGUAGUAGAAACAGCGGAGAAGUGGUUAUUAUCCCAACAAAUGGAGAACGGAUGCUUCAGGAACGAAGGACAAGUUUUUCACAGAGAACUGAAGGGUGGACUCAAUGAAGAUGGAGAAGUAGCAAGCGUGACCCUCACAGCGUACGUGAUAACAUCCUUGAUAGAGAGCACCCUCCCGAUUCCCUAUAGAGUCAUCCAAAACUCCCUAUCUUGUCUCAGAGCUUUACCCCCCAAGAAAGCCCCCUCCAAAACAUACGCAUACAGCAUAAUAACGUAUGCAUAUAUGAGACUUAAACGGUAUGAGAGGAAUUUAAGCCAAGCUAACGAAGCUCUAUCUUACAAGAGUGAUAAAUAUCCAUCUAGCUUGGGAGUCGAUGAAGAAAUGAGAGAAAUGAUAGGAUUCUUGAAAAUGGCGAAGAGGAAUGGAGAUUACGUCUGGUGGGAGAGUGGCAGUCUUGCGACGUCCAUUGAAGCGACUGGUUAUGCGUUGCUUGCGUUGUCAGAAUGCGUUGCGGAAUUGCGCGACACCUGCGCAAGCGAUGCUACGCGCGCAACCUUGUGGUUGGCGACACACGCCAACGCUGCUGGUAGUUUCGUGUCAACACAGGACACACUAAUAGCAUUAGAAGGACUUAGCAGAUGGUCGUCCAUUCUACCACCAAACAGUAACUUAGCAGUAAGAGCAGCCAGUGGUGUCGUCAGUAAAACGGUUACUGUAUCGUCAAAGAGCAAACUACCUGAGAUUAUAAAACUUCCUGUGGGAGACAUCAAUGUUUCUGUUGAUGGUGUAGGCUGCGCUUUAAUCCAAGCGACUCGAAUGUAUAACACUCUGUACCCAGACGAAAAACAGAGCACGUUUUUGAAGGUUCAAGUGGAUGUACAAACAGACGGAGUGUUUAACUGCGACGGGAAUAAUACCUGCUACUGCCCCGCUGUUGUCGAGGUAUGUGCGGAGUGGAGCGGUUCUUUCCCCGAGAUGGCGCUACUGGAAAUGUCACUUCCUGGUGGGUUUGGUGCUGAUGCAGAAUUGCUUUAUCGACAGCAACUGAAUACGGACACUUUACUUCGCCGGAUAGAGCUGUCCUCGAACAAUGGUCGUGUGACUCUGUACUUGGGUUCAAGAGACGGCAGCGACACCGUCAGAGGUGGUCACCAAUGUUAUAAGAUUCACGCGGUGGGACCCAAAGCGAAAACUAAGUCUGCGCACGCAAAGAUUCUCGACUACUAUCGACCGGAAGUUAAUGAUAUCCAGAUGUAUACCAUUCCUGAAGAAUGUCCUCCCCGGGUCAGCCACAAUUCCAUCGAUCCAGUAUCAUCAGACAAUUUAUUCGGCGCAGCGCGAUCUAUAAAUGGAGAUAUUUUGAUUAACUAUGAUUUCUCAUUUGAAGAUAUCCCGGAAGGCAUUCCACUAGAGGAUCCGUUAUAUGACAAUCUUUCUGAGAGAAAUGAAGAUGAAGAAAAAUCGACUGACGCCAAUGAAGUGAUGAUCACAGAUAAUUCAAAACACGACAAGAAAGAUAGUAAAGAAAACGUUAACACAUUUAAUGAAGAACAAAAACGUGAAGCUGGUAGAAAUAAUAGUGAUAUUAAAUUUGCCCAUCUUAAUCGUAAUAACUCAGAAGAAAUUAACAAACAACCUGCUUUGAUUAAUAAGACUUACAUGGAAUUAAAAAUGCCUGAGUUUGAUGAGAAAUUUCAAAAAUCAAAUACGCAAGGGGCUCCAGACUUAAAAAAACAAAGCAUUUCUUUGGGGACACAAGGUCCAAAAAGUAAAGACAGAGAAGCAACGGAUACAUUUUCCCAUUUCCACAUUAUAGAUACAGAUAGAGACCUGGACGUACCUACUGGGGUCGAGGGUCCAGUGCCAUCAAUAGCACUACCACCUGAAAAUUUUUUCGCCAGAUCAGGACAGCGACAUAAGGACGUAACGCGUAAAAUAUAUCCAACGAACCCUUUCAUCAGGCCAUUUAAUCAUGAAUACUACUAUAGGAAAACCCUAGCUUAA